AUGGGACUCAUCCAGGAUGAGGACGACGAUGUUUCGAUUGAUUUAGCUGUAGUAGUUGGAAUGCAGAACGAGAUUUGGGCGCUCUACGUUUCCUCUGCGGAUUUUCCGAGCCUCGACGGGCCCCAAUGCCGGUCUGGUAUUGCACAUAUUCUCGAAUGUGACACUUUCCUUGUAUCAGGACUUGAGGAAGUCGCGAGAGAAGAUUACGAUGUCGUAGUCCAAGAGGAGAGUCGUGUUGAUCUUGGCAUCGUCGGGGAUGAAUCACGAUGGGCAGUGUUCCUUUGA